AUGCGGCGCAGCUUGGUGAAGAGUGGAGGAAAGAAGAAAUCCAAAUUUAAAGCCUUCAAGGAUUUUUUUGGCAAAAAGAAGAAAAAGGAGGCUGCAGAUUACCACAGAAGGAGGAGGCUGAGACCAAACUUGUCCAGAAGCAGUUUUAACAACUCUUCUCUGAAUCUAGUUCAGGGAGGUCAACAAUCUAAGUCUAGGGUUAAGGGAAGCAUGGAGACCAAAUCCCUGUCCCAGGACAGUACCUUCAUGUUGGAUCCUGAGCCUGGAAUACCAGCAAGUAAAACAUACCCUUCUCCAGAGCUCCAGAGAGGCAGAUCUCUGGAGAGAUCUCAAGUUUCCAGAAACCUGUCUAGCAUUGGCAGUAUGCAUAGAGCUGUUUCUGGAGCUCUGCUUGAAGUUGUGCCCCAUUACGUGUCCAGAAGUGGAAUCUGGGUUUCAGGCUCCAGGAUCACUGAGAUCCCACCACUGCGCCCACACCAACCCAGCAUCCGUCCACCUCUUAUAGGAUCUGACACAAUCUCUAAGGACUCUGAAAAAGUCUCUGUUGAUGCUCAGCCACCUAAGGCCCCACGAAAGGCUUUAUCACAGAAGAUCUUGUCAUUGAAGAAAGUGAAGCCAAAGCAGGAGGAGCUGAGCCUUCCAUUGGUUUCUGAAGAGAAGAGUAAAACCAAACCAAAAGCAGCUGACCAAAAGAAGCCCAAAAAAGACAGUGCAGGUACCUUGAGUCAGGAACCGAGCAACAAACCUGUGAUUUCUAAGACAACAGAUCAGGCUUCAAAGACAGAUGCUUCUGGGAGUCAGGGCUACUCACGGCCAGCAACAUAUGGAAGACGAAGUGGAAAUAAAGAAUCAAGUGCUUCAGGAAAGAGUGAGAAUAGACACAGAGGAAGGAGCUCUAAACGAUCCAGUCGAGGGUUUGGUUUAGGUAAUAGAGCUGGGUCCCCAUCUGCUGAUAAGAUUGCCAGGGAUAGCCAUUUCCAGCAGUUGCCCUUGGAGAAGCAAGUUACAGAGCAGCCCAUAGAUCCACAAGCAGAAGCCACUGCUCCUCAGGAGUUGCUUUUAGAUAAAAAUUACAUGGAACGGAGAAAGGCCACUUUAGAUUUUGAAACCAGAAAAGCAUCAGUAUUACAUCCCAAACCUAAAGACAUGAAAGCGUCCAUGAUUAGGGGUCCAUCACAAUACCAAGAAGAUGGAGCUUCUAGAGCCAAGUCAGAAGCCAGAGCUUCUCUUGUACCAAUGGUGGAAAGCCCCUCUACAACCCAAGGAGAUGUCAUGUUCUCAGUGGCAGGGAAGGCUCAGGUGUAUGUGGAUCCUUCUCAUAUCCAGUCAGAAGAGGAAGAUGCUUCCCCCUUUGAUUCACAAAGUGUUGAAUUUAAAAUGGAGUCAGCUCAAGAUAGCUCAACUACCUGCAAAGAGAAACAUCCUGGAAAUGUCCUUCAGGCCUUUACAGCAAGCAUUUUGGGUACGGCAAGUGAUUUGCCAGAGGGAGGCAUUUCUGUAGAGAGGCUGCCUCCCAGAAGCCUGUCCCGGUCCUUGAGGAAGCCAGAAGCUGAAGAAGUCUCCUCAGAUUCAGACAAUUCAGAGAGUGCUUCAGAGGAAGGCAAUGGUUCUGAACAGCAGCUGGUUCCCAAUUAUGCUUCCCAGUCCUUGGGGGAGCCCGAAGAUGACCAAGAAGCCUUCACAGAAUCAAGUAGUUUUGUUGGGAAAUUGAGCAGUUCUCAUGAGCAGCUGACUCCCAGUUGUGCAUCCCAUGCUUUGGGGGAGCCUAAAGAUGAAGUGUCCACAGAAUCAAAUAGUUAUUUUGAAAAAUACAAUACUGCUAAGGAUUGGAGCAGCUCUGAGGAAGAUCUGCCUUCCAGACACCAUUCCCUGGCUUUGGGGAAGCCCGAAGACCAAAAGGAAACCUGGGCAGUUUCAAAGACCGCACUUGAGGAGUGGGGUGUUUCUGCAGAGCAGGAUCCUCCCAGACACCUUCCUCAGCCCUUAGUGAGGCCAUCUGCUCAGCAACAACUCUCCACACAUUCAACAAAUACUCCUUCAGAAUGGGUGCCAAUGCCUCCCAGGCACAUUUAUCAGCCUUGGCUGAAACCUAAACCCAAGCAACAAGCCUCUGCUGGUUCAGAGAGUACUGCUCUUGAGUGGGCCAUUUCUAUGGAGCCACUGCCUCCCAGAGUGUCUUCAAGGCGCCAGUUGAGGCGUAAAGUUGAGCAACCAGUCUCCUCAGGCCCAGAAAUUGCUACUAUUGAAGGGAUCACUUCUAUGGAGCUACCACCCCCAGGAAAUCAUUCUCAGCCCCUGGCGAAACCAAUAGCUGAGCAAGAAAUCUCUGCUGGUCCGGAGAGCACAGCUGUUAAGGGGAGAAUUUCUAUGGAGCCUCUGCCUCCUAAACUGUUUGCCCACCCCUUGGUGAAGCCAAAAGUUGAACAAAAUGUGUUCUUAGGUUCAGAGGGUGCUGAGAAGGUCAUUUCAGUGGAGCCACCACUCCAGGAACACUGUCCCCAAUGCUUGACAAAUCCUGGAGCACAGCAUAUCUUCUCAGAGAACACUACUGGUAAUGAAGGCAUGUUUGUGGAGGUGUUGCCUCCAAAAUGCCCUUGCCAGCCCUUGGUGAGGCUUAAAUUCCAGCCACAGACUAUCACCUGCGACUCAAGGAGUGCUUCCACAGAAUGGAGGAGUCCUGUGGAGGUGAUGCCUCCAAGACACACCUUCUACCCCUGCGUGAACACUGGCAUUGAACAACCCUCUGCAGGUCCAAAGAGCACUGCUGUGGACUGGGGCAUUCCUAUGGAGCCACUCCCUCACAGAAUGCCUUCUCAGCCCCUGAUGAGACAAGUUGCUCAGCAAAAGGUCUUCUCACGUUCAUUUAGUGCUCCUGCACAAUGGAAUAGUCUUAGGGAGCCGAUGCCUCCUACAUACACUUUCCAGCCCUGGGUGAGCCCUAAAUUUGAAAAACCAAUCUCUACAGGUCCAGAGAGUGUUGCCAUUGAGAGGAACACUUCUACAGAGUUGCUGCCUCCCAGGCAUUGGUCCAUUGUUAGACACAAAGUUCAGAAAAUGUCACCAAGGUUAGAGAAAGCUGCUGUUGAGAGGGUCAUUUCUGGGAGAGCAGAGCCUCCUGAACAUCCCAUCCACUUCUUAAAGUUUAAAGCCCAGGAAAUAUCCUCACAUCUGGAGAACACUGCUGUUGAAGCAGGCGCUUCUAAGAAAUCGCUGCUUUCCAGAUGUCCUUCCCAGUCAGUUGUGAAGUAUAUGGCACAGCAUAUCUUUUCAGAGAGCCCUGAUAAGGAACGGCAGGUUUCUCUGGAUCCUCUGGCUUCAAAUCAACCUUCCAAAUCUUUGCUGAUGCCUAAAGUUGGGCAUCAAGUUUUCUCAGGUUGGGAGAGUGCUGGUACUGAGGGAGGCAUUUCUUCUAAGCUGCUGCCUACAAAAUGUCCUUUACAGUCCUUAGGGAAGCCUGAAGAUCUGCAAGAAGUUGUCUCAUAUUCAGAGAGUGCUUUUGUGAAGUGGAGCUGUCCUCAAGAGCAAUGGCCUCCCAGAUACCUUGCCCAGACAUGGGGGAAGCUUGAGCACAAGCAAGAAGUUCCCCCAGUUUCUCAGAGGUCUGUUGAAGAAUGGAGGUGUUCUGAAGAGCAGCUGCCUUCAAGAUGCCCUUUCCAAGAUGAGGGUGGGGCUGAAUUCCAGCCACGGAUUUUCUCAACAGGCUCAGUGAGUGUACCUGUAGGGUGUAGCAGUGCUGAGCAUCACCUGCCUCCCAGACACCCUUUUCAGGCUUUUGCAAACCCUGAAUAUCAGCAACGAGUUUAUUCAAGUUCCAUAAGUGCUGCUGCUAAGGGAACCAUUUUUGAGAGCAACCCUAGCAGCUGUUCCCUACCAAGAGGUCCAGCUUCUCCAAAUGAAACUGGAAAACACAGCCAACGUUCUGAAAAUGUCAUUAAGAACACCCCAACUUCUGCUACCAAACCGAUGAAGUUCACUGUCACUCAUGCCUGGCCAAUAUCCAUUUCUGGGGACAAUUAUCCUAAAGAGGAAGUUCUUGAGAGUAGUGAUCGAAAUGAUGGCUGUUCAAGUUUAUCCACCAGUGAGGCUGAUGUUGAAAACCUUUUUGGAGUCCGACUGAAGAAGAUCCCUUCUUCGCAGAAGUACAAGAGUGAGGAACAAGAGCAUUUUACCAAGCUUCCUUCACCCUCCUUGGACCCAACUUCAUCUUCUGUAGGUAAAGAACCACAAAUCAGAAGUGCUUCCAAGGGAUUCCUCCAUACCACAGAGAACCUCACCACAAUAUCUGACUUUGCAGAGAAGCAACAGAGCAAGCCCAAAUCUGACAGCAUGCCCAAGAAGCAACCUGCUUACAAAAUCCGAGGAAAGGCUCCUGGUCAGCAAUCAGAUUAUGCCACCUCAGAGCCAGCUUGGAUAACCAUGGCAAAGCAGAAGCAGAAGAAGUUCCAGACUAAGGUUCCUAUGGAAGAGCUGAAAACCAAUAAUAGAGGCGGACCAAAGACUGAGACUAACGUGCCUAGAUAUGAGGGAGCUGGCUGUGCACAUGAAAAUCAACCAAGAAAGGUUUUUACUUCUGGUGUCGAUAGACAAGAGAAUAUUGCACCGACAGCACUACCUAAGUCUACCAAUGCAGGAUCUGAAAAUCCAAAGAUAUUUCAAGUGCCUGCCAUGAGAAAAGAAACCAGACAAUCUUCAGCUCACCCAGCCAUGUUCCAAGAGCCAACUGAGCCAGUGUGGUUCUCCAUGGCCAAGGAGAAAGCCAAAGCAUGGAGCUAUAUAACAGAAAUCAUGCAGUAA